AUGGUGAUCAAAUUGUUGGUGGCGGCGUUGCUGGCCGAAACGUUUGUUGCCGAGACAUUUCGAAUGCCCCUUCGGAGGGUAAAGAACGAGGCCAAGAAUGUUCUGGGUGGACGAUUGGAGUAUUUGGAUAAUGCUUUUGUGGGUAAGUCAGCUUCCGACGCACGUAACAAACACUCCGCAAUUUUCUGGCUGCUGACUUAAAAUUAAGUCAAUUCUUGUUUUAAAAAAGGUCUACAAUGUAAUCGAGCGGGUCACAAUGAAUAACAGUAUAUAUUUAGUUAUUCUAACACUAAAAUCACACCAUCUUCAGGUGUAAUUUCCCUCGGAACCCCCCUUCAAGACUUCAAUGUUGCCUUCGACUUUAACAGUUCUCUCCUUUGGGUUCCUUCUCCAGACUGUAAAUGCGAAGAAGAUUGUAAAAUCCGUAAGUAUUUUUGCCAAUUAUUAAAUGCCCUUUAGCCGAGAUUUGCUCCGACCAAUGUGGAGCACACUGCUGCAGCGAAGGAGAUAUCCCAGAAGACUUGGUGAAGCCCGCUGACUCCGAAUUGACCGGAACUUGUACCCACAAACUUGCAUUUGACAUCAACGGCUCUCAAACAUUCUUCACACGUAAGUUAAAAAAACACUAAAGAGUCUCGAAAAGUAUACUGCUGGCACUCUCCUACCACAGACCAAAAAAACGAUGACUCUUCUCUUUUUAGUCGGCAAGACCGCUGAGGUCAAAUACGACGGAGUUACAUUGAAGGCCAAGGUUGCAUAUGAUCAACUGAGCCUUGGCGCACGUCAUCGCCCCGGUCUCACCGUCAAAAAUGUUCAAUUCGGUCUGGUCAAGGAAUUCCCCACCACUUAUGAACACAACGCCUUUGAUGGAGUCUUUGGCCUCGCUAUUGCCAACGGCAAAAACGAAAAGAGUGUCAUCAAGCAAUUGGCUAGCCGCAAUCUCCUUCCCGAGCCAGUCGUCACUCUCUGGUUGAACAGCAUGGAAGAGACCGCUAUUGUCGACGGUAUCUUGUCCUUUGGUUCUGUUGAUGACCGUGUUUGUAAUGUCGACAAGUUGGAAUACAUCCCUAUCACUUCGACCAAGGCCUGGGAAUUUCCUGUAUGGUCGGGUAAAUUGGGAACCCGGGCCAGCUUCGAUACGGUCUCUAAGGUAACGAAAACUGCUAUAGGUCCCAUAAAAGGUAUAUGUAUAUAAAGGUGGUCAUACAAGAAUUCAGAAUUUUUUUUUCCCAAAUCGCAAUUUUCGGUGCACAAAAAAGUCGACGGCGGGCGCACACUUGCGGGCAACCACUUUGCGGGCAACCAGUUUGCGGGCAAAUUUUUUGCGGGCAGCCACUUUGCGGGCAGCCGACAUUUGCGGCCAGCACCGGCAUUUGCGGGCAGCCUGGGACAUUUGCGGGCAGGGUCGACAGUUGCGGGCAGCCUGGAAGAUUUGCGGGCAGCCGACAUUUGCGGGCAACCGACACCUGAUUGUGAGGGUAACAGGAUGGACGUGGAAAAAUUACUAUGAUAUUUUGGAAGUUUUCCGACAUUUGCGGGCAACCGGCACUUGAGGAUAACAAGGUGGAGGUGGAAAAAUUACUUCGAUAUUUUGGAAGUUUUCCGACAUUUGCGGGCAGGCAAUACUUGCGGGAAACCGACAUUUGCGGGCAACAGUUCCAAAAGUUCCUAUACAGUCUGUAUGACUGUUUUUUUCUGUUGCCCGCAAAUGUCGGCUGGCCGCAAGCGUCGGCUGCGCGCAAAUGUCGGCAAAUUUCCAAAAUAUCGCAGUAAUAUUUUCACCUCCACCCUGUUACCCUCAGGUGCCGGUUGCCCGCAAAUGUCGGCUGCCCGCAAGUGUCGGUUGCCCGCAAGUGUCCCAGGCUGCCCGCAAGUGUCUCAGCUGCCCGCAAAUGUUUCAGCUGCCCGCAAAUGUGACCCCCCAAAUUUUGCCCGCAAAGUGGAUGCCCGCAAAAAAUUUGCAACCUAGUCGACGCCCAAGUUGAAAAAUUUCAAAUAAUUGUAGGUUGUCUAGCUUCUACCGCAGGGCAUUGUCACACUGCUAAGUCAAAGAAAAAAACCGAUUUUUCCUUCAACGUCCUGUUUUGGGGUAUCGAACUUGGGACCACCAAAAGGUCUACUAAAUUAAUUUUCUUGGCUCCCGUUGAUGGUCAAUAAUGUGCAGUGGGACUUCAUUUAAAAAUCAGAAUGUACAUAUAAGCCCAUGAUUUGCAGCGACGUAAGCAUGCGGUAAAAUUUUUUUUGGAAAAAUUGAGUUUUUCGUCUUUCCAAAAGUUUUACAUCGACGGUUGUUACACUCUAAGAUGUAAAAUCGCUCCAACCGCUACACCACUAGAUAACAGCAAUAAUUCUCUACAAAAUGGUACUUGUUUCGUUUAAAUCCGUCCACGUUGAGCAGAGUUACACAAAAAACAAAAAAAAUUGAGUCUUUUGGCAGCUACUGCACAUUCUAUUCCCUUCCAAAAUAUACGAACCUUUUUCAGGGAGUUAUCGAUAUAAACAUUGUUGGGUUGGUCGUACCUAAGAAGUUCUUUGACUUUGUUACUAGCCACCUCUUCGCUUCUAAAGACCCCAUCUCGGGUGCCUGGGUCGGCCGAUGUCCAUCCGCCAGCUCCACAGAUGCUACUUAUUACGUCAUUGGCCGCUCAACUUAUACUAUCCAUCUGUCUCAACUCACAUCUGAAGUCGGGACCGCCCGUUGCGAAUUGCUUUUAUCCCCCGCAGAAGACAAGGACUUCUACCAAUGGAGAUUCGGAGCCGCCUUUUUAAAGAAACACUGCGCUGUUUUGGAUUACAACGGCCGAAUUGCCUUCCCCUUGGCCAGAACCGACGUUGAUAACAUAAUUAAUUAG